UCUUAAAGGGACCGCGCCGGGAAAUUGGGGGGGUGGGGACACGAAUUGGGGGGGCUCGGGGGGCACAGAGCGCGGGGAGGGAGAGGGGGGCUGCGAUCACCCCCUUUUAAAUGUUGGGGAGGGGGGCGGAGCCCGUUAGGAGGGCACAGACCCCGGGGCGGGCGGGGACCCCCUGGGAGGGUGAUGGGACCCCCGAGGGGGGUUUGGAGACCCAGAGGGGGCUUUUGUGACCCCGUGGUCGGGUUUAGAGACCCCAAAGGAACUUUUAGGUACCCCGUGGGAGGAUGCUGGGACCCCAUGGCGGGUUUAGGGACCCUAUGGAGGGAUUUAGGGACCCCAAAGGUGGUUUUAGGGACUCCAGGGGGGGUUUUAGGGACCCCAAGAGAAUUUUUAGGGACCCCAUGGCAGGAUGCAGUGACCUCAGAGGGGAGUGCAGGGACCCCACGGGGCGGUUUUAGGGACCUCACAGGGAUUUUAGGGACCCCAUGGGAGGAUAGCGGGAUCCCAGAGGGGAAUUUAGGGACCCCAUAGGGGGCUUAGGGACCCCAAGGGAAUUUUAGGGGCCCCAUGGGGGGUUCAGGGACCCCACAGGUGGUUUUAGGGACCCCGAGAGAAUUUUUAGGGCCCCCCUGGGCUGACCCAGAGCCCCCGAGGGGGUCAGAGGGGACUCCCCGCCCCCCAGAGCCGCGGGGUGCAGUGACCCCCCCUGGGGGACGGGGGGUCCCCUCCGUGUCCCGCAGGCGCGGGGGGUCCCAUGGCAGAGCGGGAUUCCCAGGAUCCGCAGGAUUCCCAGGAUCCGCGGGAUUCCCGGGAUCCGCGGGAUUCCCCGCUGGAGCGGGGCUGGCUCCUGUCGCCCCCCGGCCGCCCCUACCUGGAGUCGCUGCUGCAGCGGAACCGGCGGCGGGUGUUCGGGCUGCUGGAGCGGCCGGCGCUGCCGCCCCCCCUGGCCGUGCCCACCCUGCCCUACAAACUGUUCCUGGUGGGAAGAAGCGGCGUCGGGAAAACCGCCCUGGUGGCAGCGCUGGCCGGGACCCCCCGGACCCCCCGGGCCCCCGGGACCGCCGCGACCCCCGCGCACCACGAGACCCUCGGUACGGCCCGGGAGCCAUUGGGGUGGAGGGGGAACCCCACAGGGGGUUUGGGAUCCCACAGGGGGUUCAGGGAUCCUGGGAGGGGGGUGUUCAUGGACCCCUGAUGGUGGGACCCCAUAGAG